GGAUUUCGAACUUGAUGCAUAUACCCAAAUAACCCCAUGACCAUGCUCAAAUCAAUCUGAUGGUCAAUGGCUUGAUGCAGAAAUGAUUAGUUCCAUCAAUUACUACAUACAGAAUAUUGCUGUUCAAACGCUUUCCUAUUCUCAACAGUCCAAGCUUGAAUCAUCAUUAAAUGGCAUAAAUUACAAUUACUCUAUUGGUGAAGUACUAAAACAAAAAAUUGUUGACGGCAUUGACAAAACCAAUAGAAAACUCAUUAGUUAUUUUGAUAAGACAUUGCAAAAUAAAUGGGUGAUUGUGAGUUCAUUUUCACAUUCUGAGGAAAUAUCUUUUUUGGAUGGAAAAGCAAUCAAAAGAGCGGAACUUGCUAUUCAUGAAUUUUCUUCAAUGUUUCAAUUAGCAGAACACCCAGUUGGAUCCCAAAUUCAAACUGUCAAUUCUUCAAUUUCGGAAAUUCAAGAGUCAAUUACAUAUCAACACCAAUUUUCUAGUGGCCCCUCAUCUCCUUGGUGUGAGCCUGAAAAUGACAAUAAUAAUUGGAAAAUUUAG